AUGAACGUUCCUACAUUGGUUCUUCCGGAGGACGAAGGUUCGGCCCAGACCUCUAUUACACCUACUGUAACAACGCCAAGCCAUCAGGACUCCGGGGAUGCUGUUGCUGGCGCCGCUGGGAAUACCAUCGAAAAUUCCAUCGAUCCCAUCGAUGAAGCGAUCUCUAUGUUAUUACCGUCUCAGCGUAGCACCGCCGAAGGAUAUUUCCAUGACACGAUCCCCUCCUUCGCUUCAAGCUCGACUUCGCCAAGCUUUGUGCCGGUAGUGAUCGAGCCUCCUGCUUUCCCAGAACCAGCCUCGGUCGACGAUUUCCUCUUCGAACUUGAUGAGGGAAUCGAGCCCUCACUCGAGCCUCCCCUACCCGAUGACACAUCUUCUACAAUGCUCCGUGCCCAACUUAGCGUCCCAUUUUCCUGGUCAACACCCACUUUAUCCGAUGGUUCAUCCACAAUCGCCCCAUCUUUUACAUCUUCUGCAUCGUUCACAUCGUCUUUAAGGAAGAAAGUCGCAAGCAUUGCGUCUGCGGGCGCUUUCUUUGCCGAAUGCUUGGACUCGAAGCCAUAUCGAAUUUUUUCUGUCCGAACGUUCUGCGAAAGCUUAUUCAACAGUCGUCGUGCUGCAAAUGCCAGGAUCGUGUCCGUUCAACGAUAUGGCGAUCUUCAAGGGGUGCCGCAUCGAUUCCUCAUCAUGCAUGUCACUCGAGCCGAUGGAAGGGAGUUCUACCUUCGGUUGGAUCGCAGACGGGACCACCAAGUUCCCUUGUUGUUGUUUGGGGUACGGGAUUUGGGAACGUCACGCGCGAUAGAUACGGCUGCUGUUUCUGGUAGACUCGACCACCUUCUUGAUUUCACCAACAACAAGUCGGGCAUAGAGGCCAUCAUGAUCUUCCCCACUCCCGUUCCUCUGAUUGCGGCUGCGCAAGUUCUGUACGCAAUCGCAGCAGAAUCUCCUGGUUACAAGCUAACCAAAGAAAUGUUGCUGCGGAGGUUCGGGGCAAAGUAUGAGAGAGGGUCUCUUAACCAUCCUACAAUCGGUGCUGAGAGACGAGACCGCAUCACAGUUCUGACAUAUUCGCACAUUGCCAAAGACAUUAACGCCAAUCCAGAGACAAUCAUAAAAUUCGCUGAUUUAAUGGCAGAUUCAAGGCUAAGGAAGGCUGUGAAUUCCCCACCCAACGCAUUCCAAAUCUCCACAUCCACUCAAGCUCUCCUUGCCGCAUUGCAACGGACAUUACACGAAUACCUACAUGGACUCUAUGGAACCCAAGGCGCACGGAUCUUCCCAAACGAUUUCACCGAGUUAGUAAAUUAA